GUAGUUUCUCCCGUUGCCAAGCAGCGGGCGGCGUGAUAGCAGCUGGAUUGCUGCGGACGAUCAAUCGCGAAAGGACAUCACUUGGACGGAGAUUCUUGGAUGCAGCACGAAUUAACUAUUUUUAAAUUUUAAACCCUGGACUUCGUCUGUGACCUGAUGGUUUGUCUCUGACAAAUGGCUUCAUCAAGCGAUCUGCGGCAGAAAAUAAGACAGAAGCGACGGGCGCUGCGAGAGUCGCUGGUGAAAGCCAAAGAUGGCACCGAUAAGCAGGCUCUGGUCGCCACGGAGAUGAGCAGCAGCAAGGAAACGGAGCGGGGGGCAGGAGAGGAACUGACGGCAGAGGAUGAGGAGCAGGUGGAGACUCUGAAACAGAGCCUGAAGUCGCAGAGGCAGAGGAGAAAGAAAAAGCUGCAUCAGGAUGCCUCAGCAGAGGACGCUCAGGAGGAGACGGUGGUGGACGUUCGGGCGGUCAGACGUCUCCGUCGCGACGGGGGGAAGCAGGAAUCGGUGGCCAGCAGCAGCAGUGCAACCCGCAGUUCACCCAGAGUUCACACAGAUCUGCCCCCCCUGCCUGCUUCCCCGGCCGGCCCCGCCUACUCCCAGGUGUCCAUGAGGCAGCGAAUGAGGGAGAAGCUGCAGGCAGCCAGGUCCAAGGCUGAGAGUAUGCUCCAGCAGGAGGCCUCGCUGGAGUCCGUCAGCCGCCUUCAGAGUCUCAGAGACAGGGACACUGUGACCAGGUUUGACAGAGAGGUGGAGGGUGAGCCCAGGACUGGUCGCCGUGACGACGGACCUCCCAUGGCGGCGAAAGUGAGGUUCCGGGAGGCUGCACUCCGAGUGCGGCAGAGGACAGAGGCGGACACAGGCUUGCCCACAGCCGAGGAGGCGUACAAUUUCUUCACUUUCAACUUUGACCCCGAACCCCAGGAAGAAAGGAAAAAGAGCCAGAGGAAGAAGGCAUCAAGGAGGGACAAGGCUGGAGAGGAGAGAGAGACCGAGGAAGGAGCAAGAGAUGAAGAGGAGGAAGAAGAAGAGGAGGAAGAGAUGGGUGCGGAGCAGGAAGGAGAUGAAGGGGAUGAAGACGCCCCGUUGGUUGGGGCGGAGGAUGAGGACCUGUUCAUCAUGGGGCCAACGGUGCGGGACUUCCUGGAGGUGAAGAAAGCGGAGUAUGUGGGGUACACGAAACGCCUGCAGCGGGAGAGCAAGGUCCUCUACACCCCCAGCCUGCGGGCAGUGCCACCCUCCAGAAAAGUUCCAGAGAACAUGCAGCCUCGGUACCUGGAAGAGGAGGGUCUGUAUGUGGGGGAGAGGCCGCUCGUGUCCCGGACCAAUCAGAACAUCCUGGAGAACCGGAUUCUUCAGCAGGAGGAGGGAAGGAAGUGGUUUGGAGAUGAUGGGCAGGUCAUUGCUCUGCCUGACCCCAUUAAAGAGUCCUCCACCAGACCCCCCCUCUACAGCCUGGAGCAGGACCUGGACCCUGCCCUGCAAACCUUCUACAGGAAGGCGCUGAAGUCCAAGCACGCUAGCCAGUACAUCCCUGGUUUGGGAGACCCCCAGGGAGACUACCAGCUGGACAUCGACGUGUCUGGUCUUAUCUUCUCCCAUCAUCCUCUCUUCAGCCGUGAGCACGUCCUGGCGGCCCGGCUGGCCCAGCUGUACGACCAGCACCUGACCCGGCAGAACAAGAACCUCACCGCUCUGCUUACCGACAAGCUGAAUGGUCUGCGGAAAGCUGUUGGGAAUAUGACUGACGUGCAUGGAGGGCAGGGCCUGAACCCUGCUGCACAGCAGAGGAUCUCUGAGUACAAACAGGAAAUCAGGAGUACGCGGAAGCUGCGGGAUGUGGAGCAGGAGAAGGACCGGACUUUGCUGAAGAACAUUGUGAAGGUUUGGAAGGAGAUUAAAGCGCUCCGAGAGUUCCAGAGGUUCACCAACACCCCCUAUAAGCUCUACCUCAGGAGGGAGUUGAUGCAGAGGGUGGAGGAUGAGCGUGACUAUGAGGCUGAGAUCCAGGUGGAGCUCUCCGAGCUGCAGGAGGAAUGUGAGGAGGAGUACGAGAGGAAGCUCUCUGAGUACAGGAGACAGCAGGAGGAGUGGAAGAGCUGGAGGAGGAGACAGAAGGCCAGGAAGAAGAAGAAGAGGAAGAAGAAGAAGGAAGAAGAGGAGGAGGAGGAGGAGGGGGAGGAGGAGGAAGAAGGUGAAGAGGAGAGUGAGGAGGAGCCCCCGAAGCCGAUCCUUCCUGAGAGGCAGGACAUGGCAGCCGUGGAGCAGCAGGUGCGGGAAAAAGCAGCCCGAAUCCGCAGGAAGCCAGGGGAACCCGUCCUGGUCCCGGAGCUCACAGCGUCUGGCAGCAUCACACCCAGCCAGCAGUGCCCCAGGGGGGAGUUUGCCAGGAGAGAGGACGUGGCAAGGCGAUCGCUCUUCGCCAAGAUUUUGUACAACGACAAGGAGGUGUCACGGACGGACAGCCGAGCCCUCGGUUCUGACUUCAGGGUUCACUUCGGCCAGAUAUUCAACCUGAAAAUUGUCAACUGGCCGGAGAGCGUGCGUGUGCAGGUGUUUGAGGUGACCGGCUCGUCCUCCUCCCUGCUGGCUGAGGUGUUUGUGCCCCUCCCCGAGCCCUCCGUGCUGACGGGCAGUGCCCCCACCGAGGAGCUGGAGUUCAGCAGCAACAAGCGCGUCGCAUGCAACCACGAGGGCGUCGGCAGCGAUGUGCCCUUCUCCUUCGAGGCAGACGGCAGCAAUAAGAUGACCCUGCUGACCUCGGGGAAGCUGGCCUGCUGUGUGUCCUGGGGGGUGGGGGAAGAUGGCACCCCCCUGGCCCCACCCGUGGCACAGCCACCUGUGGGCAUGCACAGUGCUCUGAAGAAGAUGGAUGCCAUCGCCUGCAUCGGUGCGUCGGGGCUGAACGACAUGAAGAAGCUUGGGAAGUGGGCAGCGGAGUCUCGGCUGGACCCCAACGAUCCCAAUAACGCUGCCCUAAUGCAGCUGCUCACGGUGGCUAGCAGUGGUGAGCUGCAGGCGCCAGAGUAUUUCCGGCUGGAGCAACUGCAGGAGGAGUUUGACUUUGUCUCCUCCGAGGAGCUGCAGCGCUCCAGAAGGUUCCGUCUGCUGACGCUGCGGAGCCAGGAGGUGGCCGAGUUCCGCAACUAUAAGGCCGUGCCUGCCGUGGAGCGCGAGAUCUCUGAGAAGGUGUUCCAGGACUAUGAGAAGAGGCUUCGGGAAGGGGAGAUCGUGGACACAAAGGACCAUCUGGACGCCCACAGGGCCCUCGUGGCCAAGUACCUGCAGAAGGUGCGAGAGGCUGUGGUCAACCGCUUCCUGAUUGCCAAACACCACUUCCUCCUAUCUGACCUGGUCCAAGAGGAUGAGGUUCCCAGCAUCGGGGUUCUGGGGCUGAACCUGUUCAAACUGGCCGAGCCCAAGCGGCCGCUGAAGCCGGCCAGGAAGGAGAGGAAGAAGGUGACGGCACAGAACCUGUCGGACGGGGACAUCAAAGUGCUGGUCAACGUCGUCCGCGCCUACGACAUCCCUGUCCGCAGGCCGCAAGCCAGUAAAUCUUCGGCGGCGUCCAAAUCAGCCCGGUCCUUCACAGAGGCGUUUGUUCCAGGACAGUCGUCUCAGAGCGGCGGGCAGGGCAGUGACUGGCUCCUUAACCAGGUUUUAGUCCGGCCCUUUGUGGAGGUGACGUUCCAGCGCACAGUGCGUCAGACCACAGCUGCAGAUGGGCCAAACCCCAGCUGGAACGAGGAGCUGGAGCUGCCUUUCAGCGCCCCCAAUGGAGACUACAGCACCUCUAGCCUCCAGUCUGUCCGGGAUGAAGUCUUUAUCAACCUCUUCGACGAGGUGGUGUUUGAUGGGGCGGAGGAUGAGAGGGACAAAGGGAGUGGUGUUCGGCGAAUUGAGAAACACUGGCUGGGCUCCGUCAAGAUUCCUUUCACCACCAUCUACCUACAGUCCCGGAUUGAUGGGACAUUUAAAGUGCACACGCCGCCGGUGCUGCUGGGAUACUGUAAGGAGCGCAGCCUGGCCAGCGAGGGCGGGUACGACUCCGUGCGCUCCCUCAGCGAGGGGGCCUUCAUCACACUCUUCAUCACCAUCCAGCCGCAGCUGGUCCCUGGGGAGACGGUCCGAGAAAAGAUGAAGGAGAUUAAGUUUGACACCCAGGAGGACGAGAAGCUGCUGCAGGCGGCGGACUCGUUUGAGAAGGAGGCAGCGUUCCGCUUCCCCGGCCGGCCCUGCCUCACCACGGUCAUCGACAUCAACGGCAAGACCGUCUUCAUCACGCGUUACAUCCGCCCCCUCAGCCCCCCACAGGAGCUGCUGGACGCCUUCCCCAGCAGCCCCCAGGAGGCCUCGGAGCUGGUGGCUCGCUAUGUGUCCCUCAUUCCCUCUCUGCCUGACAGCGUCUCCUUCGCUGGCAUCUGUGACCUGUGGAGCACCUGUGAUCAGUUCCUGGCGCUCUUAGCGGGCGACGAGGAGGAGCACGCCAUCCUGCUGUGUAAUUACUUCCUGGCAAUGGGGAAGAAGGCGUGGCUCCUGAUUGGGACGGCCAUUCCAGAGGGCCCCACAGCGUAUGUGCUGACCUAUGAGCAGAGCCGAUUCAUCAUCUGGAACCCCAGCAGCAGUCACUACUACGGCCAGUACGAUACCUUCUGCCCCCUGCAGAGCGUGGGCUGCCUCGUCAGCGCCGACAACGUGUGGUUUAACACUCAGGAGCACGAAACUCCAAUGAGAAUGAAUUUUGACAUCAGUAAAUCCAAGCUGUGGAAGCCUUUCUUUUCCCGGACCCUCUCUAACCCUGGCCUCUCCAGCAUCCAGCCGGAGCAGCUGGUGUACCGACGCACCGACAAGGUGGCCGCAGCGGAACUCCAGGACAGGAUUGAGAAGAUUCUGAAGGAGAAGAUCAUGGAGUGGAGGCCCCGCCACCCGACCCGCUGGAACCGCUACUGCACCUCCACCCUACGCCACUUCCUGCCCAAGCUAGAGCUGAGCGGGGGAAGGGAUGUGGGGGACGAGCACCGCCUGGAGCUCCAAAGCCUGCUGGGAGAUUACAGAAUCUCCGGCUUCCCGCUGCACAUGCCGUUCUCCGAGAUCCAGCCGCUCAUUGAAGCCGUUUACAGCACCGGCGUCCACAAUGUGGACAUCUCCAACGUGGAGUUCGCCCUGGCUGUCCACGUGCAGGCCUACCCCAACAACGUGCUGUCCGUCUGGGUCUACCUGGCCUCGCUCAUCCGCACCAGAUAGCAGAGGACCUCUCCUCUGAACGAGUCACUUUUUUAACACGUGUGAUAUGUACAUGCAAAUGUAAUUUGUGGGAUUUCACAAGGAAGCUUACCUUUUAUAUUUUUGUAUUACUGUUAUUGUGAGCUGUGUAUUUUUUAACUAUAAAGAACCCACAGACCAUCUUAGUCAAAGCUGAUAAAACUCACCAAUGAGAUGAUGGACAAAAUGUUUUCACUGCUUUCAAAGUGGCUCUCCUGUUGCUGCUGUUGAUCUGUUCCAAAAGGUCAACAGAGCAUUGUCAUGUGCAACACUGAUUUAUGACCACUUGAUAAAAACAAAUGGUA